AAAACAGUCCAAAGGCCCACAAAGAGUCCUCAAUUGAUCAGACUAUUGCACCAGCAGUAGCAGAACCGGGGAACGACUCCACGCCCUUAAGCCCUAGCCUAAACCUUACUCAAUUACUUCUUCAUUCGCCUUCUCUCUCACUCACGAUUACAAUCUCGCGCAACUCGCUUCACUGGAAAAAUGGCUUGGCGCAGUGCAGGAUCCCUCUCUCGCUCCGUCAUGUCCGCCGCCAGAGCUCCUUCGCUCCGCACCUCUCCGCCGCUGCCCCGCCUCCGUCCCCCGGCUUCCUCUGCUCCCCGCCUCCAGUCCCGCCGCCUCUCCUUCGUCCCUUCCAGGAAUUUGGCAGAAUUGGGAUGUUUCCAAUCAUUCUUGCCUUUGCAUAGCGUGGUUCCCACAGCCCGUCUCACAUCACACCUGACUGUUAACUUGCGGGCUUGCUGCGAGCUGUCUCAUGGGAGGAAUGGAAAAGAUGGGUAAUGCACGUGGACUUUCAAUCAGCUAAAGGAGAGAGAAUGAUACCAAAUUGUACUUGAAAGGCCAUGGAUUGGCACAGCUGAGUGCAGCAACCAAUUGAUGGAGUCAGAUUAGUUUUGUCAUGAAGGAGCCAAAGGCUAGGUUUUCUGAGUACAAAAUCUCUAUAAAAACAUGUUAUCUUUUAUGCUACUGCCAGGAAGAAACCCGUAAUUUUCUUAUAUGAUCACCCUUUAGGCACUUUCGUUGCUCCUAUUGAUCAAUUCCUUUGGUUUGUGAUUAGUUUUUGUGACACACGGUGUUGAUAGCUUUAAGAUAACUUUUGUUUAAUAAUUUUCUAUGGUAUGAUUUCGCAUUUCUCAUGCACUUCGCAAAUUCACUGUAAUUGCAUGAAUGAGUGCACAUGUCGUGGAGCAUAUUGUGCCUGUUGAGUUUUGAUACUUUGUCAGCACCAAUAAGCACAUGGGGUGCCUCUAUUGAGCACAAGCAGUUCUUGCUGUCAGUCCAUGCAGAAUGACCCACUUGACUGACAUGUUUGCGGAGCAAUUGAAGCUCCAACUUUGAGAUUUGGUGUAUUGCCCAAAACAGUUGGUCUUCUAGCGGAAGAUGGCCCAUGUGCAUCAAUCCCUUGGUUUCAUAUUUCAACUAACUUGAGCCUUCUCCAUUACCGGUUCUUCUGUCAAAAGAACAUUUGACAUUUUCCAUUUUGAGGUUUUAGCUUAUGAAUCCUAGUUUCUUAUUUCAUCUACAUAUGACUGUGAGUUUAUCAAUUGAUUGCUUUUAUUAUCAGUUCAGGAAGAACUCAAUUUUCUUUCCUAGAAAAGAAAUAGUAACAGAUUAUUUGAAACUCAAAUCAUCUAUCAGGAUUCACGGUGGGAUGUUGCUCGAUCAAAGUGGUUUUGUGUUUAUCUGUUUAAAUGAAAGCUUUUGCGCCCACAUUCAAGCACUUCAAUGUCCACGUUGUGGGGCGACUAUUUUUGGACAACUGGUCCUGGAUGGAAGGUAAGUCAAACAUAAGUACUAGCCAUUUGCUCAUCGGUAGUCCAUCAAAAGACUUUUCAACUGAGCCAAUAAUCAAUGGUCGUUAGGGCAAUCAUGACACACUCUUUGCAAUUGAUCAUGUGAGAACUGAAAAUUUCCCAGCAGCUUAAAUGACAAUUUUCCCGGAACAGAAG